AUGCCGCCGGGGCUUUGCUACGAAUUGCAGGAUGUCUGGGAGAGGGAGGGUCGGGAAGAGGUCACCAUGGAGUUUCUCCUGCCAACAGGCAUCUACCUCAGCUUUCCCGUACUGCUCAGUGACACCAUUGCCAAUAUUAAAAAGAAUGUGUGGAAGAACGCCUGCAGCGAGCCUCUCUUUAACGUCCUGGGUGAUCCAGACGCAUAUGUGUUUACCUGCAUCAAUCGGACGGCCGAGCGGGAGGACGUGGAGGAUGAGCAGCGACGUCUGUGUGAUGUGCAACCUUUCAUGCUUGUCCUGAGGCUGAUAGCACGUGAGGGAAACCGCGUUGAGAAGCUCAUCAACACCCAGAUUAGCCUGCUCAUAGGAAAAGGUCUCCAUGAGUUUGAUGCUCAGAAGAACCAUGAAGUGAACGAGUUUCGGACAAAAAUGUGUGCCUUUUGUGAGGAGAAAGCUCAAGAGCGGCAGCGGUUACCAUGGUACCAGUGGAUGGAGUACAACUUCCCCUGUGACUUGGAGCCAAUUUCUGUGGUGGCUCAGUGUACGAAGAGUCGCAGUGCUAAAAAGAUUUUUAUCAACGUCAAAUUUGAGGCCAGCGAGGAGAGCUUCAUGCUGCAGUUGGACCUGCAGGACUUGCCAGUGGUUCUGAUGCGCAGUGCACUUAAGAAAAAAGCUACAGUCUUUCGGUCAUCAAAACAGGAGAGGACAGAGGACUACACCCUUCAGGUCAACGGGAGGAGUGAGUUCAUCUAUGGGAAAUACCCACUGUGUCGCUUUAAAUACAUUUUCUCAUGCUUCCAUGGAGGCCUGGCUCCCCACUUAACCAUGGUGCAUUACUCCACUAUCUCUAAGUACCAGGAGGAACAGGGUUGUUUGAGCAACCAGGUCUGCAAAAGCCGCUCAGUGUCAAAACCUCCUCCGUUGCCUUUAAAAAAGCAAAACACAUCAUCACUGUGGUCCAUUCGUGAGCCGUUUCAUAUCCACCUGCUGCAGGGCAUGCGGGUCAACGCUGAUGAGAGCAUGAAGCUAGUGGUUAAGGCAGGUCUUUUCCAUGGCAGCGAGCUUCUCUGCAAGGUGAUAACCAGCACUGAAGUCAAUGUGUGUUCAGAUCCAGUGUGGGACCAAAAGCUCUUGUUCGACAUCAACCUGUGUGACCUUCCUCGCAUGACUCGCCUCUGCUUUGCCCUUUACGGUGUCCUUGAGAAGACUAAGAAGCAGCGCUCCACCAAGAAGAAAAACAAAAAAGCUGACUGCCCUUUGGCCUGGGUGAACACCAUGGUCUUUGAUUACAAGGACCAGUUGAAGACUGGAGAGUGCUUUCUAUCUACAUGGCCUUCAGCUCCAGAUGACAAAGGGGAUCUGCUGAAUCCGAUGGGGACAGUUGAAAGGAACCCCAACACUGACGGCUCUGCUGGUCUCAACAUUCACUUUCCCAGUUUUAGACCUCAUCCGCUCUACUAUCCGCCCCUUGAUAAAUUGUUUGAAAUAAAUGGAGAGAAGAUUGUUGCUACGAAAGAGGAGCACCUGAAACUCAAAGAGAUAGUGGACAAUAAAAACCACACAGAGUUCUUUGAGGAUGAAAAAGAGCUUCUUUGGAAGUUGCAUGGGGACGUGAGAACACUUUACCCGGAGAGCCUCGCCAAACUGCUUCUCAUCACCAAGUGGAAUAAACAUGAAGAUGUAGCACAGGUAGUGGCUUUAUUACGAAAAUGGCCAGAACUGCCAGCCCUGCAUGCUCUGGAGCUGCUUGACUACAGUUUUCCUGACCCUCACGUCCGCUCUUUUACCAUUCGCUGCCUCAGGAAGUUGAGUGAUGAGGAACUCUCUCAGUACCUUUUACAGUUGGCCCAGGUUCUAAAAUAUGAACCAUACCUGGACUGUGAUUUAACCAGCUUUCUCUUGGAGCGAGCUCUGUCCAACAAAAGGAUAGGUCACUUCUUGUUUUGGCAUCUCAGGUCAGAAAUGCAUGUGUCCUCUGUCAGCCUGAAAUUUGGCCUGAUCCUGGAGGCAUACUGCAGAGGGAGCAUCUACCACAUGAAGAGCCUCAUGAAACAGACUGAAGCUCUGAAUAAGAUGAAGGCUCUGAAUGAUUUCGUGAAGUCAGGCUCUCAGAAGUCUGCAUCCAGAUUACAGAUUACAGAAGAUAUGCAACUGUGCAUUAAACAGGACACAUACAUGGAGGCACUGUCUGGUAUUGUGUCCCCCCUCAACCCCAGCAUCAUUCUCUCCGAAAUCUGCACAGACAAGUGUAAAUUCAUGGACUCCAAAAUGAAGCCACUCUGGCUGAUGUACAAGAACAAGUGUGUACAGAUGGACACUGCGGGCAUUAUCUUCAAAAAUGGAGAUGAUCUAAGACAGGAUAUGUUAACUCUUCAAAUGAUCCAGCUUAUGGAUGUCCUGUGGAAGAUGGAAGGGCUGGAUCUUAGAAUGAUUCCAUAUGGCUGUUUGUCCACUGGGAAUAAGACUGGUCUCAUUGAGGUGGUGAAAAACUCUGAUACCAUCGCCAACAUCCAGAGGAACAAGAGCAACAGUGCAGCCACUGCUGCCUUUAAUAAAGAUGCUCUUCUCGACUGGCUCAAGUCCAAGAACCCAGGGGAUAAACUGGACCUGGCUAUCGAGGAGUUUACUCUGUCCUGUGCAGGUUACUGUGUAGCUACAUAUGUUCUGGGAAUAGGAGAUCGUCACAGUGACAACAUCAUGAUCCGUGAAAAUGGCCAGCUUUUUCACAUAGAUUUCGGGCAUUUCUUGGGGAACUUUAAGGCAAAGUUUGGGAUCAACCGAGAACGUGUGCCUUUUAUUCUCACCUAUGACUUUGUCCACGUCAUUCAGCAGGGCCGGACCAACAACAGUGAGAAGUUUGAACGGUUUCGUGAGUGCUGUGAACAGGCCUAUAAGAUCCUGUGUCGAAAUGGAACUCUGUUCGUGAACCUGUUUGCCUUGAUGAGAGCUGCAGGACUUCCUGAGCUGAGUUCCUCAAAAGAUAUCCAAUAUCUGAAAGACACUUUAGCACUGGGCAAAUCUGAGGAUGAAGCUCUGAAGAAUUUUAAAGUGAAGUUCAAUGAAGCUCUGCGUGAGAGCUGGAAGACCAAGGUGAACUGGAUGGUGCACACUUUUGCCAAAGAUAACAGAUAAAUAGUGGCAUGUUCAGCAGAUGCUUUGCAUGCUAAUCGAAAAAGCCUAAAUCAUUUUAAAGUCAGAGCUUAAACUCCUGCAAUUUCCUAAAGACUGGAAAUUCAUCUGUCGUCUCUGUAUUUUGCUUUGUUUGAUCAAUGUUUUCACUACCAGUUUAGUGAUUGUGCAUAACUACUAAAUAAGAUAUGCAUAAGAGCAUAUGGAGUUAUGUGGACAAAGUUCCUUUAUUUUCGCAGAAAACACCUGAUGUUGCCUUUGCAAAGCAAACAAACAGUUGACAUAAAAAAUUGACAAAAUGUAGUACAUACAGUGGAGGUAAAACAUUUACGUACACUUGAAAGAGAGGCAUGUCAUGGCAUUCUUUUUAUUUAAAUACAAUUUCUGCAACUGUUUUUCUAAUGUGAAUGAACAAUUGGAACAAUAUUGUGGCAUGCUAUGAUAUUCUCAUAUGCUAAAUUCUAGGACAGACCGAUGAAGUACUAUGCAAUGUGAUUACUGACAUCUGGUGGUGAAGUGGUGAAAUUGCACUCCCUAUUACAAAUCUGUAUUAACUUCACAGCUCUGUACACCUGAUUCUGUAAUGAAAUCUUAAUACCAUGGAAAGUUUUGUCAUUUUUGCAGAAAACCAAAUGCUGUAUUGAAAUAUACUGAUACAUUAGUUGCUUACAUUUUAAUUUAAUUUAGAAACAAGCUCAAUCAUUGGUGCAGCUUAUUUCUCCACAAUCACUGACCUGAUGCUGUAUUACUGUGUAAGGCAUUGGAAAUGCUCUGAACGUGUCUGAUCUGAAAGUGUAUGUAUUUCUGAUUUGUAAUUGUACAGAACAGAUUGACUACUUGCCAGGAGAAGGAACACAUUUAGUGUUUCUUAGAGUUUACAUUUCUAUCUGUUUGUACUUGAAUGUUUUGGUUGUAAAUAUUCCUUUUUGUGAAUUGUAUUUUGUAUUUAAAGUUUUGAGCAGUAUUUUGGACUAUCUGUAGUUGUGGACAAAAGAUAAUCAUGAAAUGAGAGAUGGUUUUUGGAUAAAUGGCAGUGUUUUAGUCAAGGCUGAAAUGUGUGUGUGUUGAAUUUCCUUGCCUGUGCUGUAUAAUGGGGUAUUUAUUAAGAUUUAAACACUUUUGGGUACAUUGUGCAGGCUUAAGUUGGCCCAUACUUUUUCAUGAAUUACUAGCAAUGUGUGCACUUCACAAAGACAGAUCAGUUUAAUUGAUCUACCUCUUUGGUAAUCUUCAGGUGAAUGCUAGUGAAAAGUGUUUUGUCCUGUGAUAUUUUUUUUUUUAUAACGGAAUGCACCUGGAAACUUUUUGUGCCUAUGUUGAAGAUUGCUGCACUCAUACACUUUCUACUCAUUUUAUAUUGUUGGACAUCAGUCAUUUUCUAAUUUAAUUGCAGCUAUGUGUACUAUAUUUGUAUUGUUUGAUUAUUUUUCAAAUAAAUCUGGCCUUUUCUCUAGCAUUGAAGUAGAUAUGUUUGCUACAUACAAAUUUGGAUGCCAUUUAAUUAUUUUUAGUGUUUAUUCAAUUGGACAUGUAGAAAAAAGGUUCCUGAAGCAGAAUUGCAUUCCAGUACCAUUUUAACACACCCUUGUUGACUUAAUGCUUCUUAAUGACAUUCACACAGGCCCACAAUGCAACUGUGAUAAGUCUUCUUACUAAAAGUGAAUGAAAUCCUCACCAAUAGCAUGCAGUGCUUGGUUAGUAUAGAUGGCUAUACUUGUUGUUAACAAUGUUGUGUAUUUCUGGUCAGAGGCCGACUUUCUUUAAGUGCAAACAGGCUCCAAAAGCCUGAAACAGCUUCAUGUGACUUAAAUACAUUUUUUACACACUGAACCAUUCAUUAGAACUAUUGUAAGAAGAACUUAUGUCAAAGUUUUCACCCAUUUUAGACCCAUUAGAAUCAGAGCUGAAUACUGCUGUAUACACCAAAGCAUUAUAAUUACACAUUAAUUUCGGUCAAUACAGUGUGAAACAAGUGUGAUAUGUUUUUUAUAGCUUGUGAUUUUAUUACACUGAUCAUUGUUAAGCUCUCUUUUACUAAAUGUUUUAAAUUUUAAAUGACCCACUGCUACAGAAUAUUUACUCUACUAUAUAGUAUUGGGAAUUUCUUUUUAAUGGUUGAAUUUAUGAGUUUGGAAACAGUAGAAGGCAAAAAGAGUAUGUUACAGACAGUACUGGAAUUCAGACAGUUUGGAUUUAAGAUCUAUUGUUGUCAGAAUUAAAGCAACUUCUUAACCAUGACCAAUGUGAACCUUUUUCAGCCCAGGAACAUUGAUUAUUAAUAAUAACAACAAUAAUAGUAAUAGUAAAUGGGGUCUGCUGUCACCUCUUCUUUAUGUGUCCAAUGUUAUUUGGCAUUAAAAUGUAAACAUUCUCUGCAGUCCUUGUUUCUUUUUUCUUUUUCUUUUUGCUAAUUGUAC